AAAAUGGAAGGGCCUGUAAGAAAGACUUGUGGCCGUUGGAUUAAAUCGGACGACUGAUAGUUAACGUUAAUGGCGUCCAUAGGAGGGUGGGAAGAGAAAGCGUCCCUUUGGCUUCCCAGGAGGCCUCAUCAGCAACCGUUGCCCGUCUCGAAUUCUUGGUGUUCUCUACUAUACAAUGUACCGGACGCCCGUCCCCCUCAUCCACACGACACCCAUCCCAUCACUUGAUUCCGGCCGAACAUGCUGUCCGUGCGCCUCCUCGGUGCCUCCAGACCGGCUCUCCAGCCCCGCGCCGCGCAGAUUCCGGCCGCCGAGACGGCCGUGGAGGCGUCGAGGUUGGAGGCCAGAGUGGAGGAGAAGGAUGGGUACUGGGUUCUGAAGGAGAAGUUCAGAGCAGGAAUCAAUCCCCAAGAGAAGGCGAAGCUGGAGAAGGAGCCAAUGAAGCUGCUGAUGGAGCGCGGGAUCGACGAGCUGGCGGCGAUGUCCAUGGACGAGGUCGAGGCGUCGAAACUCACCAAGGACGACAUAGACAUGAGGCUCAAGUGGCUCGGCUUCUUCCACAGAAGGAAGCACCAAUAUGGCCGAUUCAUGGUGAGGCUGAAGCUGCCGAACGGGGUCACGACCAGUGCCCAGACGCGCUACCUCGCCGGCGUCGUGGCCGGCUACGGUUCCGAAGGCUGCGCCGAUGUGACGACCCGGCAGAAUUGGCAGAUCCGGGGCGUGACGCUUCAAGACGCUCCGGCCAUCCUGGCGGGCCUGGAGGAGGUGGGCCUCAACAGCCUGCAGAGCGGCAUGGAUAACGUCCGGAACCCGGUCGGUAACCCGCUAGCGGGCAUCGACCCGCACGAGGUAGUCGACACCAGGGCCUACACCAACCUGCUCUCUCAAUUCAUAACCGCUAACGGGAAGGGCAACCCUUCCGUAACAAACUUGCCGAGGAAAUGGAACGUGUGCGUGGUGGGCUCCCAUGACCUCUACGAGCAUCCCCACAUAAACGACCUCGCCUACGUUCCGGCCGUGAAGGACGGCCGCUUCGGCUUCAAUCUCCUCGUGGGAGGCUUCUUCAGCCCCAAGCGCUGCGCCGAGGCGGUGCCGCUAGAUGCUUGGGUCGCCGGAGACGACGUCAUCCCGGCCUGCAGAGCUGUGCUCGAGGCAUACAGGGAUCUUGGCAGCAGGGGGAACCGCCAAAAAACGCGGAUGAUGUGGCUUAUAGACGAGCUCGGAGUUGAAGGAUUCAGAGCAGAGGUUGAAAAGAGAAUGCCUGCCGGGGAGUUGUUAGCGAGGGCAGCCGAGGAAGACAUGGUCGACAAGAACUGGGUUAGAAGAGAGUACCUGGGCGUUCACCCUCAGAAGCAAAAAGGACUGAACUUUGUUGGUCUCCAUGUGCCGGUGGGCCGCCUCCAGGCCGACGACAUGUUCGAGCUGGCACGCCUGGCAGACACCUACGGGACAGGGGAGCUCAGGCUCACAGUGGAGCAGAACAUCAUACUUCCCAAUGUCAAGGACUCUGAUCUUGAUUCUCUGUUGCAAGAGAGGCUCUUGAAAGAGAGGCUAUCACCAUUCCCUGGUUCGCUGAUGCGGACGUUGGUGGCAUGCACCGGAAGUCAAUUCUGCGGCCAAGCCAUAAUCGAGACGAAGGCGCGGGCAUUGAAGGUAACAGAGGAGCUGGAGAAGAGGGUAACUGUAACCCGGCCUGUGCGGAUGCACUGGACCGGGUGUCCCAACAGCUGCGGACAGGUGCAAGUGGCUGACAUUGGGUUCAUGGGCUGCAUGACAAGGGAUGAAAAUGGCAAGGUGUGUGAAGGUGUGGAUGUCUACUUGGGUGGUAGGAUAGGCUCCAAUUCUCACCUUGGGGAUCUUAUCAUGAAAGGGGUACCCUGCAAAGAUUUGGUUCCCUUGGUUGAGGAAAUUUUGGUGGAGCACUUGGGUGCAAUCCGCAAGAAACCAGAUGAAGAAGAUGAUAUGGAGGAAGGGGAAGAAUGAUCGCGGCAAACUGAUCACUUUAUAAGCCUUCUGAAUACGUUCAUUUUUAGCCAAAUCAGAGAGUUUUGUGCAGCACAUUGCGGUAAUCGCUGGUUGUGUUGGUGGUGUAACACACCAAAGUGGGUCAAAAGGAGAAGUUUCUUGUGCUAAAGAAAGUGAGUUGAUGUUGUUCAGGGCUUCAGGAAUCUAUCUGCGCAACAUCGUGGAUGUCACUGCUUGUGUAAGUAUGGGCCUAGUAUUCCAUUAACUUGGAAAAGGUGCAGGGUUUGCUUUAAGAUGACGAGUUGUUGGCUCUUGUUGCUGUGGUUCAUAUUCCCUCUUGUAAGAUCGGUUCAGUAACCAAAAUAAUGUUUUAUCAAGUUUCAUCCUU